AUGCAUGAGGUUAUCGAUGCCAUGAACGCAGUCCUAGAGACAACCAACAUCACUUCGUUUGAUGCUGUCAUCCCUAAUGAGAUAGGAGGGAUGAAUGCUUUUGAAGCACUCCUGGCGGCGUACCAUUUCGGCAAAAGUACCCUGGAUGCUGAUUGUGUAGCACGAGCCUACCCUUACCUAUGGCAAACGGUGCGCUGUCUCAGGGACGUCCCGGUUGUCCCUGCGGCCGUCGCAGAUGGAGCAGGCAAACGAGAGGUUUUCACCGCCGAAACGGACAACUUUCGGGCCGAGGAGUUGAUGCGAGAUGCCUGCACCGAUCUAGGUUCAUUGGCCGGUAUCUGUCUCAACCCCCUUAACGGCAGUGAGGCUCGCACCCUACCUCGAAACAGCUAUUCUCUAGCAUGGUGCAUUGGCCGUUCAAUCGCACUUUCUCGAAGCAAGAAAAUAGACCCUGUCACGGCAUUGCUAAAAGAGCAAAACGGUGCCCUUCUCUUUCGCGGGAAAAUCAUCUCUGUUGUAAGACAAGUCGCAAAGGGCUUUACCAGAGGCAGUGUCCUUCUCUCUGCAUUCUCCGAAGAACCGACCUCACGAUCCAGCGGCGAAAACAACUCAUCACUUACCACGCUCGCCGUCGAGUUCGAAAAUGAGAACCUUUGCGCUGUCCUGAAGCAGGAGGGUGAAGAAGACAAAGUCCUGGCAAUCUGUCCGGACCUCAUUUGUUUCCUGGACCUGGCAAAUGGCGCGCCGUUGGGUAUCUCGGAUUAUAAGUAUGGCUUGAGGGUCAGUGUAGUGGCACUGACAGCGCCGCCUGUAUGGACCACCGAGAGGGGACUAGAAAUGGGUGGGCCAUCGGCGUUUGGGCUCGACAUGAAAUAUACUCCUGUCGGCACGGGAGCAUAUGAACCCCCUAAGAGCGUUUGGCAAAUGUUUGGCAAGGGCCAAUAA